AUGCCUCCGACGACCUCCUCCUCCAAGAAGACUCCAGCUAUGAAGACCCUGAAGACAACCUUGCGGUCGCUCCUUAACAUGUUCCAGGACAUUUGUGGGUUUGUGGAUAAAUUAAGCGAACUGACAAGUGCUAGUCAGGUAACGGUUCGACUGGAGAAACUAGACGAGUUAUGGGUGAAGGUAAAUGAGGUAAUCCUGGAAAUUGAGACCCACGAUGACUACGACGAAGAAGAGGACGACUGUUUCAAGCAGCGAUCGGCGUUCGGCAGCAAAUAUUAUGACUUGAAGUCCUCGCUGUUGGAUAAAGUCAAAGAUUUCGAGGAACCAGCAGUGCUUAACCAAUCAACCCGCGGUUUGGAUGCGUCGCAUCAACCAACUGGGGAGCAUGUGCGAUUGCCACGAAUUAUGUUGCAGACAUUCGAUGGCAACAUUGAUGAUUGGUUGAGUUUCCGUGACCUCUAUAUGUCACUAAUACAUAGGAAGGUGGACCUACCGGAGGUAGAAAAGUUUCACUACCUCAAAGGGUGCUUGGCAGGCGAGGCCAAAGCCCUUGUGGAUCCGUUGAUAAUAACAAGACCUAAUUACCAAAUCGCAUGGGACACUUUGAUGAAGCGCUACAACGACAAUUAUCUGUCAAUCAGCGUAUACUACGAAUCGUAA